AUGGCUACGCCGGGCUCUCUGAUCCUCUUGACUGUGGCUCUCCUCCCCGCAGACUGCUAUGCCUGGGCUCUGGGACAUCUCGGCCCGCCCACACCGCUGCCGCUGGUGAUCUGGCAUGGGAUGGGAGACAGCUGUUGUAACCCCAUGAGCAUGGGUGCUAUAAAAAAAAUGGUUGAGGAGAAAAUACCUGGAAUUUAUGUCUUAUCUUUGGAGAUUGGGAAGACGCUGAGAGAGGACAUGCAGAACAGCUUCUUCUUGAAUGUCAAUUCUCAAGUAUCUACAGUGUGUCAGACUCUUGCCAAAGAUCCCAAGUUGCAACAAGGCUACAAUGCUAUGGGAUUUUCCCAGGGAGGCCAGUUUCUGAGGGCAGUGGCUCAGAGAUGCCCUUCACCUCCCAUGAACACUCUCAUCUCUGUUGGGGGACAGCAACAAGGUGUUUUUGGAGUCCCUCGAUGUCCAGGAGCAAGUCACCAUAUCUGUGACCUGAUCAGGAAAACACUGAAUGCUGGGGCUUACUCCAAAGUCAUUCAAGAACACCUAGUGCAAGCAGAGUACUGGCACGACCCCAUCAAGGAGGACAUGUACCGCAACCACAGCAUCUUCCUGGCGGAUAUAAAUCAGGAGAGGGGUGUCAACGAGUCUUACAAAAAAAACCUGAUGGCUUUGAAGAAGUUUGUGAUGGUCAAAUUCCUCAAUGAUUCCGUUGUGGACCCUCUGGAAUCUGAGUGGUUUGGAUUUUACAGAAGUGGCCAAGGCAAGGAAACUAUCCCUUUACAGAAGACCACUUUGUACCUGCAGGACCGCUUGGGGCUAAAGGAAAUGGACAACGCAGGGAAGCUAGUUUUUCUGGCUACACAAGGGGACCAUCUCCAGCUGUCAGAAGAAUGGUUUAAUGCACACAUUAUCCCCUUCCUCAAGUGA